GCCGUAGAACCCGAGAUAGAGGGAGACGGUUACCUAGGAGCCGAAGGGAAGCGGCCCUGGGAAUCCCGCCCGAGGUCUAGGCUGCCAUGUCGGUGCUAGACGCGCUUUGGGAGGACAGAGAUGUCCGGUUCGACGUGUCCUCUCAACAAAUGAAAACAAGACCUGGAGAGGUCCUUAUUGAUUGUUUAGAUUCAAUAGAAGACACCAAAGGAAACAAUGGGGAUAGAGGUAGAUUGUUAGUGACCAAUUUGAGAAUUAUAUGGCAUUCUUUGGCCUUACCCAGAGUCAAUAUUUCUAUUGGCUACAACUGCAUAAUCAAUAUUACAACAAGAACUGCUAAUUCUAAGUUACGGGGCCAGACUGAAGCUCUUUAUAUGCUAACAAAAUGUAACAAUACUCGUUUUGAGUUUAUAUUUACAAAUGUGGUUCCUGGGAAUCCUAGACUUUUUACCUCUGUCAUUGCAGUACACAGAGCUUAUGAAACUUCUAAAAUGUACCGUGAUUUCAAACUGAGGAGUGCAUUAAUUCAAAACAAACAGCUAAGAUUAUUACCACAGGAACAAGUAUAUGAUAAAAUCAAUGGUGUUUGGAAUUUAUCCAGUGACCAGGGAAAUUUGGGAACCUUUUUUAUUACUAAUGUGAGAAUUGUUUGGCAUGCAAAUAUGAAUGACAGUUUCAAUGUCAGUAUACCAUAUCUCCAAAUUCGUUCUAUAAAGAUCAGAGAUUCAAAGUUUGGUUUAGCACUUGUUAUAGAGAGCUCUCAACAGAGUGGAGGAUAUGUUCUUGGUUUCAAAAUAGAUCCUGUGGAAAAACUACAGGAGUCAGUAAAGGAAAUAAAUUCACUUCACAGAGUCUAUUCUGCCAGUCCUAUAUUUGGGGUGGAUUAUGAGAUGGAAGAAAAGCCUCAACCUCUUGAAGAUCUGACAGUGGAACAAAUUCAAGAUGAUGUGGAAAUAGAGUCUGAUGAACACACCGAUGCUUUUGUGGCUUAUUUUGCUGAUGGCAAUAAGCAACAAGAUCGUGAACCUGUAUUUUCAGAAGAACUGGGGCUUGCAAUAGAAAAAUUGAAGGAUGGAUUCACCCUGCAGGGACUUUGGGAAGUAAUGAGUUGAUCUUGAUUUGAGCUGGAUUUCUCUUUAAAGAUACUUUAAGAUUGAAGAUCCUAGUGGUCUGGUAUAACACAUUGAAUAGUCAUAUGUAAAGUAAUAACUCUAAAGAAUUUAAGAAAAAAUACAUUUAUCUAAAAUGUUAUUGCCAGUUGCCUUGUCUAUCCUAAAAUUGUAACGGAAUUGGAUUUAGUUUGUUGAAUUUAUUUGCUGUACAUAGCAUUUUAAUCUUGUACAUAUAUGAGUUUGCUGACAUAAAAUGACUAUGUGAUUGUGUUUAAUAAAGGUUAUUUUUAUAGCACUUUUUAAUGUUUUGCAAAUAUUAUUUAGGAGAAUAGGACAGGCACUCUGUUUGAAUCUGAGAUGAACUUUUCUGAACUUAGGUAGGGUAAGAUAAAUCAUGUACUAUUGUGGAAAGAGCACUUGCUUUAGGGUAAGAAAAUCUGCUUUUGAUUUCAGUUCUGCUCCUUAGUACCUGUGUGAGCAAGUCCCUUUACCUCCUCUGGCCUCAGUUUGCUCAUCUGCUAAAGAAAGGGGUGAGAAUGAUCUCUAUGGUCCUUUUCAACCAGGUUUAAUUGUGUUGCUACACUGUUCCAAGUAUAAACUUCUUGAAUAUUAAUCAGUACCAUUUUUACUCCCUAAUUUGGAAGUCUUUUAUUUUUUUUGUAAAAGUAAAUUUAAAAAUUCUGGAAUUUGAUAUAAAUCAGACUCUACUUGAAAUUUUGAGUUACUGUGUAGGAGAGUAUUUUAUCAAUAGACAUUUUCUUUAAUGCUUUUUUGAAAUAAAAGAUUUGUUUUGCCAUUUUAUUGCUACAAUGAUUUUCUGAUAUUCUUCUUGUUUAUGUUUGUUAUGCUUUAUAGGAUAACUUUAAAUUCCCAGUUAGUUGCACGUUUAAUGAUAGAAGCUUGUGCUAGCUAUAUUUCAAACUUAGCAAAAGGUUAAGAAAACUUAUGUUCAGAAUCAUAAAAUUCAUUGGAAAUUAUAUCAAUUUCAAGAGAAGUACCAUUAUGAAAAUUGCCCAUAACUGUAUUUUGUUUUGUUUUGACUAAAUUCUGUGACACCUUUUUUCUGCUGCAUUGUAAAAAGUACUGUCAACUUAGUCAUUGAAUUGUAUUUGUUAUAUGUCAUGCACAAAGAAAAAGCUACUAUAAAAAUUGCUGAGUUUUAAGGUCUAAUCUCAAACGGAUCACAUCAUAGGAUUUUCAUCUGACUCAUUAAGACCUUUCAAAUGUUAGGUGUUAUCAUGACUCAAGAAAUGACUCAUUUAUUGUUUAAAGGGAGGGGGUAAGCAGCUGUUAUAUGUUUUCCAGUGAUAUAAAACCUUCAGUAGUGUCUAUAAAUGGAAAAGAGUCAAUGAGCUCUCCUUUCAGCUGUUGUUUUAGCAGCUGACAACACUACGGACUUCGUUAAGAUGUAAAAGAGAAGAAAACUUAUCCAUUUUUGGAGGACUUAAAGUUUAGAAACUUUUGAUUUAAUGGUUUAUGGUGUGUUUGUAGAAAUUCAAACAGAAUUUGAAAUUACAGUAUUUGUAAAUCAUAGCCAAGUUCAGAAAGCCUCGAAAAUCCAAUCAUGCAGCGCAUAUAGAAAGUCAAAACAUUUUCAUAAUUGCUACAUAAAUUGAGCUCUGCUAUUUAAAAUGUUUUUACCUUAUAGCAGUAAAAAAGUUGAAUCAUUUAGUUUCCUACAUUUUCCCCAAAUUGUUGUUUGCUUCAGAAAAAUGAUUUUCAAAUUGUGUAUGUGAUCAUGACUAUAGUUCUGUACCAUCUUCAAAUGAGUAUGAAGUUUUUGUAAAGUUCAUGAAUGAAAUGCUUUUGUCUUUAUAAUAUUUUGUAAAAACAUUUUCAAUAUUUGUAAACUAUUUGAUUAUCCUUCUUAUAAAUUUCCUAUUUAAGAUUAAAGAUAAUUCAGAAUGUCAUAGGAGAAAAAA